AUGUCUGAUAUAAGAAGUAGCAAACAAACGAGCUAUACCAUCGACAUCGGUGAGUAUGAUAAUAAUUUAUUUGUUUUCAAACAUAUUCAACUUAGUAGAUAUAUACAGGAUGUUGAGUAUGCUGCAGCCGAAAUUCUUGCUAUCAAUGCAGGUCAUUAUAUUCGUUUUGCUCUCGAUAAACCAGUAUUACGAUUAUAUACAGUGAUCUAUUCAACAGCUUGGUAUUGGAUAGUAUGGCUUGCUGAUGUUGCUUUAUUAUUAUUACCAUGUAUUGAACGACCAGCUUAUUUUAAAGAAGUUCCUGCAUGGGUAGCUCUAAUUAUUGAAAUAAUUGCUUUAUCAAUACUUUUGGCUUCAUUUAUUUUAUCAAUGCGUUUACAAGAUAAACGAAAAUUAUUACGUGAAGCUGUUUUUCCAUAUAUAUUUGCAGGUGUUUUUUUGUUAACAACUAUUGAUAUGAUUAUUUAUUAUAUAUUGAUAUUCAAUGGUCAUUAUUAUGUACGAUGGUCACGUCCACUUCGUGUUCUUUUUCCAUUUGCUUUACAAGCUGGUCAAAAUAUUCGUCGUGUUAUUCGAAAUAUUCUUCGAACAUUACCAAAUAUAGGUAAUGUGAUGUUUCUAUUUCUAUUUUCGGUAUUAACAUUUACUUUACUUGGUGUUGGUAUUUUAAAAAAUAAAAAAUUAAUGUAUCCAAAUAAAAGUGAAUAUUUUACACAUUACUUAGAUACUGCUUGGGAUUUAUAUGUACUUACAACAACAGCAAAUAAUCCUGAUGUUAUGAUGCCAGCAUUUAAUUCAAGCAUACUCUAUGUGAUCUUCUUUGUGGCUUAUCUAUUAGUCAAUCUUUAUUUAUUUAUGAACUUACUUUUAGCCGAAGAAAAACAAUUAAUUCAUAAACGUCAAUUAGAUACUCUGAUGAUUAUGUUUGAACGUUUAACAAAACAUAAUUCAAAUCGUUCUAUAUCAUAUGAAACAUAUACACGUUUAAUGCGUGCAAUAAAACCUCAUAUAACAGAACAUAUAAUUGAUGCUUAUUGGAAAACAUUAAAUAUAACUAAUAAAGAAGAUGGAUUAAAUGUUAAACAAUUCAAUGAACUUUUAUUGAAUCUUAAUUUUGAAUUAAGACAACGAAGUGCUGAUCAAACAAUACUUCAAAAACAAUGUCCAUCAAUUUAUAAUUCAAAACCAAGUCGAAUUAUUAUUGAUUUUGUUAAUACAGAUCUUUUUCGAGCUAUAAUUAAUUUAUUAAUUGUUGGUAAUGCUGUAUGUUUAGCAGCAAGUUAUAAUGAUUUAGAAUGGUUUUUCUUAUCAUUAUUUAUUGUUGAAGCUUUAUUAAAAAUGUAUGCUAUUGGUGUAAAAGAAUAUUUUCAUCAUCGAUGGAAUAUAUUUGAUUUUACAAUUGUUUUUGUAUCAACAACUUAUAGUCUUCUAACAGCUAUUAUUAAAUCAUUAAGUCUUAAUCGAGAUAUUCUUGAUGCUAUUUUAGUUAUUCGAGUAUUACGUCUUGUUAAAAUUGUUGGAAAUGUUGAACGAUUUAAAGUUAUUUUUGGAACAUUUUCAAAAGUUAUUCCAACAUUAAUAACUUAUCUUCGAGUGAUGUUUAUGACUUAUUAUGUAUUUGCAAUGAUUGGAAUGGAAAUAUUUCAAAAUAAAAUAGUGCAUUUAGAUUCGAAUUCUACAUCUGCUGAAUUUUGUAAUGAUACUCGACUUAAUGGUUCAGAUUUUGCAAAAGCUCAAUAUUGUCGAAAUAAUUUUAAUGAUUAUUUGUCAUCGUUGAUUCUUCUUUUCGCAUUAACUGUAGUAAAUCAAUGGCAUGUAUUGGCUUCUGGUUUUGUUCUUGUAACCAGUAAAGUGGCACGUCUUUUCUUUCUUGCCUUUCAUCUAUGUGCUGUAAUUGUGGUACUCAAUAUUUUUACUGCAUUUGUUAUUGAUUCUUUUCUUAAUCAAUAUAUAUUAUCAAAGAGUAAGGAAUUUCCAUGGAUGGAACAAGAAAAUGUAAUUGCUGAGAGACUUACUCAACAUGGUUAUCGAAUCAUUCGAAGAUAUGAUAAUACAAAACUAUCGGAAGGAGGUGCAAAGAAAAAAUUUAAUUUAUUAGAAAAACUUCGAGCAUUUGUACAACCAUCUAUUUAUCGUCGUAUGACAGUUAUUCUUCAAAAUAUGGCUGAUGAUGAACACGCUUUACUUCUUCAGUGGCGUGGUGAUGUAGAUAUUGAUCCUGUUGCUUUGCUGAAUUUGACAAAUGAUUCAUCUUGA